UUUUUUUUUUUGGCCCAACAGCAAUAUUUUUUAUGGUUGUUUUUUUUGGGGUCUCCAAUAAUAUUGGCGCUGAAAUAGCUCCAUAGAAUCGUCACGGACGAAAAUAGCAUUAACAGUUUAUAAAGACUUACAGAAAAUGUUUGACCGCUGUUGUUGCCAACAAACAGUUUCUAACAAAGUGUUGAGAUAACCUUUACUGACCAAUUUCCAUUUGUAACAAUUAUUUUCCACCAUAAUUUACUAAUAAAUUCUUUUGAAAAUCAGACAAUGUGGUUUUCUGGAUUUUUAUUCCCAUUUUGUCUCUGGAACUUGAGGUUUAUCUAUUGAUCUCUCUUAACUUUUAAAGUGGGAUAACUUACAUUAUUGACUGAAUACUUUUCUGCCUUGAUGUAAGUUGAGGGACGUUGCUAGGCAACCGUUAGCUGUUGUAGGAAACGGUGAAUUGCUCUUCCUGAAUCCGCUUCUGGUCUCUCGAGGUCGAACCGGAUCUGUGGAUCCGCAGAAGGACGACCGGUACCGGAACCAUGUCGAGCCCGGAGGAGCAGGCCAACCUCGGCAGAGCGCUCGGCUUUCUCUGCCGCUGGGACCGCGGAGACGGUCCGGUUCGGGUCCGCCUGCUUCGGAGCUUUCUGAGCCGACACGCGAGGAAGACGUUCUACGAGCUGGAAGUGGACCUGGCCCAGACCGCCAGUCUGCUUCUGGCUCGGAUCACCGUCUGGAUGAGAGUCUCAUUCCAGUCUGAAGGUUUCCUGGCUCUCCAGCUGAAGGCUCUCGGGGUUUUUCUUUCUGCUUCAAACCAUGACCAGUACCUGGUGGAGUUCCUGGAGGCCGGGGGCGUGGUCACCCUCCUGGACGUCCUCCGCAGCCCUCAGGUCAAAGAGGACGACAAGGCGGCAGCGCUUCGUCUCCUGCUGAACAUCUCAGACGCCGGCCGCAAGUACAAAGAGUUCAUCUGUGAGAACAACGGUGUGGAGAUCUUAUCAGACUGCAUGGUGGGUUCAGACGUCGGUGACCCCGCAGGAGCUCUCCUGGAGUCGCUGUCACAUGGAAACCCCAAAUACCAGGAGCAGAUCUACCAGAGCCUGAUCGGCCUCCUGACCCGGGUCCGGCCCAGAGCCCAGCUCCUGCUGCUGCAAACCUUACGCUCUGUGCAGCUGAAACGGAGAGCGGCGCACCGCAGCAUCGUGGCUCCGCUGCUGAACACGCUGAAGUCGCUGCACCUCGAUGUCCAGGAGGAAGAGAAACCUUUAAACUUUUGGUCCGGCUACAAGAUUUCCUGUCUUGGUCAAGCGUUCCUCUGGUUUCCUGCAGCUUGUCACCUGAUCAGAGACCUGAAGGGUGACGGCGUGAAGGCGGCGCUGCUCUCCGGACUCGUGGCUCUGUUGAAGCCGGUGGAGGAUCGGACAGAAGAACCGGAGGUGACCGGAUCGCUCUCUCUCUUUGUCCAACAAGCUGCAGCAGCCAAAGCAAUACGGUUUCUGGCUGAGGAAGACGAGGAGUUUACUCGUGAGUUUCUUUCUCUUGGAGCCGUUCCAAACCUCCUGUACGCGACGGGGAACCGAGAACAUCCCGAGGCCCAAAUCCAAGCCAGUCUGGCCUUAAAGCACUUCGUCCGCUCGGAUCCAAGCGCCCGAGCGCACGUGCGCAGAGUCAUGGGCGGCGAGCUGUUUGCAGCUUUCACCAACAAACCCGAUUCUCUACACAUGGAAAUGGAUGAAAGACGAGCAGAAGUUCUGCUAUCAAACCGUCUCAUCAUGGAUCCAGACAAAGCCCCCAAAGCCUCGUCCUCUUCAUCGUCCUCUGCUUCAUCCUCGUCCUCUUCAUCGUCCUCUGCUUCAUCCUCGUCCUCUUCAUCAUCCUCUUCGUCCUCCUCUUCAUACCACAGCUUCAGCGAUCCUGCAGAAACGGUGCAGCUGCGGCGGGAGCUCCUGAGCUGGUACGACAGCGAGAAACGAGAGCUGCCAUGGAGAACUCUGGCUGAAACCGAGCCGGACGUCAACAUCCGGACGUAUGCAGUUUGGGUUUCUGAAGUCAUGCUGCAGCAGACGCAAGUGUCCACCGUGACGGACUAUUACAACAGAUGGAUGAAGAAGUGGCCGACUGUUCAGGAUCUGGCUGCUGCUACUCUGCAGGAGGUGAACCAGAUGUGGGCGGGGCUUGGAUACUACUCUCGGGGCAGGCGGCUGCAUGAGGGGGCGCAGAAGGUGGUGUCAGAGCUGAAGGGAAAGAUGCCUCAAACCGUCGACGACCUUCUGAAGCAGCUGCCGGGUGUGGGACGUUACACCGCUGCAGCUGUGGCCUCCAUCGCCCUGGGACAGGUCGCUGGAGUCGUGGACGGAAACGUGACCCGAGUUCUGUGCCGGCUCAGAGCCAUCGGCGCCGACAGCACGAGUCCUGCAGCGACUCAGGCUCUGUGGAGUCUAGCUAACUCCCUGGUGGAUCCAGAGAGACCUGGAGACUUCAACCAGGCCAUGAUGGAGCUGGGGGCUCGAGUCUGCACCCCCAAAGGACCGGCGUGCAGCCGCUGUCCCGUCCGGUCGCACUGCCGCUCGUAUCAGAAGGUUCAAGUCAAACAGGAACGGAACGCCGAGCAGCUCCUGGGGAGGACGGGCAGAAGCGUGUCGGGAGUGCUGGACGUGGAGGACUGCAUGCACGGAGGAGCGUGUCGGCUGUGUCCUCUGGAGCCGUGGGAUGAGGGUCUGGGGGUUCAGAACUUCCCCAGAAAGCCGGUUAAGAAGGCCCCGCGGGCAGAGCGGACUCUGACCUGCGUGCUGGUCAGACCCGGAGAGCAGGAGGACGAGUUCCUGCUUCUGCAGAGACCGAACAAAGGUUUGUUAGCAGGUCUGUGGGAGUUUCCAAGUCUUCUUCUGCAGGAUGGACACUCUGAUGCUGAUCAGAAGAGGGCGCUGUGUCUUCACAUCAGCAGGAGGCUGAACACGGAUGUGAGUGACGGCGUCCUGCGGCUCGUUGGAGAGGUGGUCCACGUCUUCUCCCACAUCCACCAGACUUACGUGGUCUACGCCGCGCGCUUGAGUCAGAGCGGCGCCGGAGCGCCGGCGGAGAACACGCGUUGGCUCAGCAGGUCUGCUCUGCAGGACGCCGCCGUGUCCACGGGGCUGAAGAAGAUCUUGAAGCUUUAUGAAUCUCAGGUUGGUCUGGAUGGAUCUCCUAAGGAGAAAACCCAGAAGAACUCCAGGAGCAUCAAGAGGACGGAGAAAUCCAGCCGGGCAGGUGGAGGCCGACAGCUUCCUCUCAGCUCCUUCUUCACCACUCUGAAGGAGGGAAAAGGAUCGUGAGGACCUGGUGACAUCAUCAGGGUUUACCGCCUCACGAACGAUGCGGUUCUGUGAUCUGAGGACUGUUUUUACGAUCAUCAGAUGUCCCACAAUGCUUUGUAAUGUGACACCAGGUUUGAAAUGUUUUACCAAAAUAAAAGCAUGUGACUUUUA